UGCUGCUGGUGGAGAGAGAGAGACACAUUCAUGCGCUCGGAGGCGUAACACGACCCAAUAGCUCAUAGACUCACCCGGAAUUUGAGCACUAUAUCGAGACACAUCUGAGGUGGUUUGGAGAUGAAGGAACCCAUGUCGGAAGCACUCACAACCCCAGCCAAUGACAAGUCUUGUCAGACAGAUGACAUCACAGAUGAGGCCGUUGUUCCUGGGCCUGAUCAUGCAAGCAAGACAUUAGUAAACUCGACAGAACCCGGUGAUCCUCCUCUGCUAUUGAGACCACUGCAAACCUCCAAAUCAGGAAUCCAACAGAUCGUUGAAUGUUUCCGCACAGGUACUGCACAGUUAAAACACAUUCUCCUUAAAGAGGUGGACACAAUCUUUGAAUGUAAACUGUGUCGCAGUCUCUUCCGUGGCCUUCCCAACCUGAUCACACACAAGGAGAUUUACUGUUUACCCAGACUGCAUGAAUCUGAUGACAACUCUGAAGAUGGUAAAAAGGGCAUAAAAGAUCUGCUGGAAGCCAUCUAUCCCUGCUCUGAUAAACAGGAAUAUGUACUGACACUGGAGCCCAUUGCCAGCAACCAGAAUGCAGUGUACCAAUACCUGUCCAAAGAGGAAGACGUGCCUCCAUCACAGAGCCCCAACCAAACCAGUACAGAUAGCUGGGGACAUUACAACUCAAACAUCCAGGAACAACACACGGAGGAGGUCAACAUGGAGGAGGUUGGAGAGGAAAAUUGUACUGAGAAUGAAGAGGUAGAGUACAUGGGCUAUGGAGAAGACAACACAGUGGAAAUCAAGGCACAUCGGGAAAGUGAAGUCCCUGAGGACAAAACAGAUGAUACAGACAUUAAAGACUGCAAGUGCCUCCUCUGCAACAGAACAUACAGGGGUAGAGGUUACCUUCGGAGGCACCUGCAGACUGUUCACAAGAUUGUUACCUCCAGUUCCAAAUCCACUGAUCUUACUUCUAAUGGCAAGAAAAAUGUCAAUGGUAGCAUUGCAGGGAGUCCUGACACUAGCCCCAGCUCCUCAAGCGAGAAUAAGGUCCCGUUCAAGCCUGUAUUCUCCAUCGGCUUUGACUUCAAGUCGCGCUAUUGCAAGCUCUGCAGAAGGACAUUCAGCUCUGAGCAAAACCUUGUGAAGCACAUCGAGCUGCACACGGACAAUGGCAAGGACUUCUACGUCAAGUUUUAUUGCUGCCCACUAUGCUCCUACAAGACGCGACGCAAGAGAGACGUCCUACGGCAUCUCACAGAGUUGCACAAGAAGAAGUCCGCCUACCUGAACAGGAUCUCGCAGUCCUUGGAGAGCUGUGCCAUUAAGAAACCGGCUGAAGUUGUGCUUAAUAAAGAUGAGGCGAAAGACCAACAUCGCCAAGAAGAAGUGAACGUCAACAACAACCACAGUUCUCCGUAUCUCACACGCAGGAACCUGCUUCCAAUCACGCCUGGUGUAUUGUGCAAGAAGACCUCCAAGGUCGGCAGUAAGAAGCCUGAUGGUGCAAAAGGCAAUGGCGCCAAGGAAUCGUUGCACGUUUGCAACAUCUGUAGCCAGGCCUUCAAAAAGGAGAGGUACCUGGGGUUGCACAAGAGAAAACAUCAUAAAACUGCGGUCAGGAGCGUAACAGGUAUAAGGACGAGAUCGAAGGUUGUGAUUUGAUCCCUUCUGACAACAAACUGGAUUUGCUGCAACACUGGAAACAAAUACUGGAAAUCAGUGAGGGUGGUUGAGAAAAGUUGAACCACUAAACAAGGAUGAAACAGUGCUACCUUUUAAUAGAAAACAAUGUACAAAAAUACUUAGUUUAAACCAACAGUAGGGCAUGAGAAACCCACAGACAUUUGUGUUUGGCCUUUUGCUUUUGUCACUUUUGGCCUCCAACACACAUAUUGCAGAAUGUGUAUGACAAGAACGGUAUGCUAUUGUCAGCAGUGGUCUAGGAUCCAUUAAUUAGGGCCUCUAAUCUCUCUCAGAUUUCAGAUGAAAAUAUGCAUUCCAUUUCUCAGUCGGCAUCGGUGAGAUUCGGCAUUUCCACCCAAAACUGACCAAACGAUUCUUCUUGAAUCCCAUUCGAGUUCUCGGUAAGAGGGCAUGGAAGUCUUGCAGUCACGCUGGCGUUGUUCUCAUUGGUAUUCAAUGCAAAUGUAUGGGGUGAAGGUCUGGAUGUCUUUCUUUUUUUAAUACUGGGAAAACAACGGAUAGGGAGGUGUGAUUCAGAACCACUGGAACGUCGUGUAAUCUAACUAUUUUAAAGGAAAGGUAAUUGUUAUGUUUAAACAACCAUGUGCUUUGGGAAUAUCACCAGUUUUAUUAUGGACUGCAGUUAAAUGUAAAAAUAAAAUAUCUUUUUAUUUGUUAUUCCACUGCAGUCCUUUGAUAAAUUCAUGUGUCAUCAGUUAUCUAGAGCCUUCUUAUCUGUUACCUUUCUGUUUUUGUUUGUUUUAUAAAGGGAUAGUGCAUCCAAAAAUGGAUCUUCUAUUGUCAUGCAUUCAUCCUUGUGUCGUUCCAAACACACACAGAACACAAAAGGAGAUAUUAGGCAGAAUGUUCAUCUCAGUCACCAUUUACUUUCAUUGCAUUUUUUUUCCAUACAAUGAAAGUGAAUGGUUAUUGAAGCUGCCAUUAUGCCUAACAUCUCCUUUUAUGUUCCACGGAGGACAGUAAGUAUGGGUUUGGAACAACAUGAGGGUGAGUGAAUUAUGACAGAAAAUGACAUUUUGGAAGAACCAUACAAUUAAUAGAUAUUGGAUAAUGGAUACUUCUAUGUACGUUGACGUCCAAAUCUGUAUUCUCGGCAUUUUGGAGGCUUGAGUUAAAGUUGGUAAAAGUUUUCUUUCUUAUCAUAAAUAUGAAUGUAUCCACCAACAAUAAA